AUGGCCGAAGAUAACAACAUGCAGCCGGACGUCCUUAGCGCCCUGGUUGCCGAGAUACGAAGUUUGAGAGAAGAGAAUUCCCGAAGAAAUAACCAGUUUAAAGAACGGUUUAUUGCCCUGGAACUCCAGCAACACCAGCAAUCCCGUUCGUCUAAACUCCUAGAGCCGACGCCAUCUGUCACCCCGGCUGUCCCUAUCGAGGACAUCCAUGUAGUCGCCACUCACAGCCCUUAUCUAACCAAGCGCCCUAAAUUACGAGAUAUCCCGAAAUUCGGCGGCGAUAAGGCCUAG